AUGCCCUUCAGAGAGUUUCUGGGGUCAGAAAAUACAUUAGUAGAAAUUAUAGCUCAUUUAAUAGAUAUAGCCAUUUUGCCCGUAGAUUAUGAUGUAAAGGUUACAAGGUCUGAAUAUCAGAGCAUAGCUAGUAAAAAUCAAAAAGUUCAGCAAAAAAAGGAAUCAAGAGGUAAUAAACCAGAUCUCAUGUUUCGUGCUUAUCUUUGUCAAAAAUGGAAAGAAAUUGUGUUUUUUGAAAAUGGUUCUAAAGAGCUUGUGAAAAAAUGCACAAAAGAGGUCUUCCAUCAAAACUAUAUAGGAUUUGGUGUCAAUAUUGCAGCAGACACACAAUAUACAAUUGUUUCACUAAGAGAAUUAAAUACCAAACUUAUAGUUGAGAUUAGUGAACUUAGAAAAAAGUAUGCUGAGCUUGAAGCUAAGAAUAUCAAAGUUGAAGCUGAGAAUGCAAAAUUAAAACAAGACAAAGAAGAGGAGCAGAGCUUACAAAACAGGGGCAAUGGAUAUACUGAUAAUGCAUCUGAUAAUGCAGAGUAUCGAACAUCUGAUUCUGAUAUAUACCAAAUAACUACUACAAUCACUUUCUCUAUCCUAUUGUCUUACAUUUCUAAUUCGGGAGAUGAGUUAAGUAAUGAUCGAGAUUUCGAUUCAUCAGAAGUCAAGAUACAGGUGAGUAUACCUGAUGAUGAAGAUUUCAACUAUGAUUACAAUGAUGAAGAUUUCUCUGAUAACAACAACGAAGAUGAUGAUAAGGACGAUGAGAGCUUCUGUGGUUUUUCUGAUGAUAAUAAAGAUUAUUAUUAUGAUUUAAAUACCGGUGAAACUUAUACAAAAUCAGAACAUC